AUGAAAUCGCAAGUAGAAACUAAUCAAAGGAUGGAUGGUGGAUCUAUCAGUAAUCUUCCUCUGAUUGAAAAUAUUCAAAGUAAAGACAAUAGGCUAGUCAAUAGGAAUAACAUUUUACCUAGCUUGGUCUCUUGCGACCUAUUAUCGGAUGAUCAGUCACUUAUCGGCUCAAGAACUCUAUCUGGUGAUUCUCAAUGUUUGGAAAAUUAUCCCUUUUUGACUGUGAUAGGCCAGCAGGGAUUGAACAAUACUAUUUCAGGUGGAGAACGUGUAUUGAUAGAUUCUGUACGAAAUGUAGGUUGCGAUAGUAAUGGUGAAGGGGACAUGAUUUUUGGAUUGAAAAAUAAUAGGUAUUUUGAUGCUGAUAUUCAAUCAAUAAAAAGUAUGGAUAGUAAACUCAAACAAACGAAUGAAAGAAGGGCUGGAAGGCCACCUUUAGAUAGGUCUGAUUAUUUUUGCCAGAUUUGCUCUGCUACAAAGACUCCUCAGUGGAGAUAUAUUUCAGUCUGUUCAGUAGAGUCGAAGUUAAGAGUGUGUAAUGCAUGCUGGAUGAAACAACGAAAAAAACGUGAUGGUAAAUGUUUGCCUCUCCAAAUAGGUAUGAGCAAUAAUUUGAAUUGUUCAAAUAUUGGUGGGUUAUUGAAAACAUCAAAAAUAGGAGUCAAUAAAGAAAAUUAUGAUUCUCAAAGACAAAGCUAUACAAGAGGAGGAAUGAGUGGAGUGGGAUACAAGAUCAGCGGAAUUGUCAGUAAAAAUAUAAUAGCAAACGGUAGAAGUAUUUCAAUAACUAAUGGAGUUAGUAAAGAUUGCAAGGCAGUUUCUCAUGAUCUUGUGGAUAAUUUAAAGACUUAUGUAUCUAAUGAUAACUUGAAAAAUGAUACAGUCAGUUGUAAUGUUAACGCAGGGAUGAGUAAUGGCCAAUGUAUAAAACCUAUUUCGUUUAGGUCGUCUCCCUACUCUGUGAGUACGGCUACAACCUGUUCUAAUUCUACAUUUGAUUGUCAGUCAUGUGGCAGUCAGCGAUGUUACUGUUCUUCAUUAAUUGGACCCCAAGGUAUUUCAUUAACUAGCACAGUGUCUAGUGAUCCUCUAGAAGGAUCUGGAAAAUUAGUUCCUGGUCCAAAUAAAAUAAAAAUGCAUUGCAAUUUUAAUAAGAGUAUUUCUAUUGAUAAGCUUUCUUCACUUGAUCUAGUUUGUGGUUCAGCAAAUGCUACUGGAAUGAAUUACAAAAAUAAUGGUUCAAAUAGCUCGUUAGAUUUAAACAAUCAAUGUAAUCAGAAUGUUUUUAUUGAUAGUAACAAAUUAUCUGAGACUCACGUGGAUGAGAGACGCAACUUGGUGGAAAAUUUUUCUAUUAGUGAAAAACUUUCGUUUGAUAUUAACUGUGGUAUUGAGACAGGAGAAAGCAACAUAAAAACAGGUAUCGAAGAAUCUUAUGGAGGAAACUGUUUGAAAGUGAAUGCCUCAAAUAUUAGUGAGGAAAGCCCUAUAAAUAGUAUACAACAAAGUCCAAAGCAAAAUUCAAACAUAGACUCGUAUCAAAGUCGAAUUGGAGGCAAAUUGAACAAUGGCUUAUUAACUAGAAAGUGUUCUGACAACAGAAAUAACUUUAUCUCUGGUGGCAAAUUUUCUGUUUCAACACCUGUUCAUCACCAAGCAUCUACUACGGUUUCACCCAACACAAAUUACUGUAAUAUCUCUUCUUACACUUCCUCUCCGUGCCAAUCUUUCCCAACCUAUGAUGGCCCAUUUUUGGAAGAUCCAAACAAAACUAUGUACAUUUCUUCAGGUGUAUACUUUUACCCUAACACAGAAACCAACCGAUGGACUGAAGAGACACCUGUACAGUCCUCGGUGGGGUUAAAUUCCUGCGUUGGAAAUUCCAAUACUGAAAGUGAGGAAAAAGUUGAAGCUUUAUCCUUCCCAUUAGAUCAGGAUACACACAAUACUUUGUCUCAAAAUAACGAACCAAUUGAGCAUGAACAGGCAAAUUACACAAUUUUUAAUAAACAUUUGGUUAACGCAGAGUCAUGGAAUUGCGACUAUUUGCACAUUGAUAUGUUUUGCAUUCCAACAGCAGAUAAAACUCCAAUAAGUUCUGAAGCUUCGACUUCAGUUCCUCAUUAUUCAGUUGGUUCAAAGUUCUUUAAUUCAUCCGUAUCUUGUACGCUUCCAACUGUAUACUCUGCAGAAGUUCAGCAGGAAGAUGAAAGUUCGAGUCAAAAUGAUUGUAACUCCUGGGACUUUGAUUCUUCAUCCAUUUCUUGCAUGGACACAUGGCAGAAUCCUCUAUGGUACGAUUCCUAUUCGAAUGGAUUUUGUAAGUUGUCUUAA